AAAACAUCUGACGGUCGACGCUCAUUAUUGACGGAUGAAUGGGCAAGCCUGAGACAAGGAGUAGAUAGCCGUAAAUAUCUACUGGGAGUGCUUUCACUAUUGACAGCUAUGAAUGUGCCACUUACCGAAGCUCAGGAGCACAGUGUGAGUGAAGUUAAUAAGAAAUCUUCUUGUGGGACAACUCAAGAGAAGGAUUGCGAAAACCAAUCAGGUCGCAUUUAUACAGGGACAAGUUCCUCUAACUCUUACCAUUGCAAUAUCGAAAUUGGUUCAUGGACAUGGUGCUUUAAGCUUGAUGGAAAUCAUGACCCUCUUAUUGAGCUGUUCUAUCACACGGCGUGCUCGUUGUAGCUUCUUUUUUGAGUGUAGGAAACACUGUAACUUCCAAAAAAAAAAAAAAAAGUGGUAGCUUCUUAUUUUGAUAGCGCAAAGGGACCAGGAACUUAUAUCGAUAUUUUUUCGUACGUAUUUAUUUUUACCGAA